AUGGAGACGGUGGAGGUGAACCUGGGCACGCGCACCUACCCCAUCUACAUCGGGGCCGGGCUCCUGCAGAAGGGCGCCCUGCUGCGCCAGCACAUCGCAGGCUCCUCCGCCCUGGUGGUCACCAACGACACGGUGGCCAAGGAGUACCUGGAGCCCACGUUGGCCGCGCUGCAUGGCGGGGACAGCGGGAUCCGGGUGGAGCACGUUGUGCUGCCCGAUGGCGAGCAGUACAAGAGCAUCGAGGUGCUGCAGAGGGUGUGGGACAAGGCACUCCAGUCCAGGCUGGACCGCAACACCACCUUUGUCGCCCUUGGAGGCGGCGUGAUCGGCGACAUGACGGGCUUCGCGGCGGCCGCCUACCAGCGAGGCGUCGCCUUUGUCCAGAUUCCCACGACGGUGAUGGCCCAGGUCGACUCGUCAGUGGGUGGAAAGACCGGCGUGAACCACCCCCUGGGAAAGAACAUGAUCGGCGCCUUCCACCAGCCACAGUGCGUCCUCAUCGACACAAAAGCGCUGGACACCCUGCCCGCCCGGGAGCUGGCCUCUGGCAUCUCAGAGAUCAUCAAGUAUGGCCUGAUCAGGGAUGCAGAGCUGUUUGAGUGGCUGGAGGCCAACAUGCCUCGCCUCCUGGCCAGGGACCCCCAGGCGUGGACACAUGCCAUCCGGCGCUCCUGCGAGAACAAAGCCGAGGUGGUGGCCGCCGACGAGCGGGAGGGCGGCGUGCGUGCCACGCUCAACCUGGGCCACACGUUUGGGCACGCCAUCGAGGCGGCCGCCGGCUACGGCGCGUGGCUGCACGGGGAGGCGGUGGCAGCCGGCACGGUGAUGGCUGCAGACCUGAGCCGGCGGCUGGGCUGGAUAGACGCCGCGCUGGAGGGCAGGACAACGGCGCUCAUUGCCGCGGCGGGGCUGCCCACCAGGCCACCAAAGGGCAUGACGCCCGAGGUGUUCAUGGGCUUCAUGGGCGUGGACAAGAAGGUGGUGGACGGCACGCUGCGCCUCAUCCUGCUCAAGGGCCCCCUCGGCGGCUGCGUAAUCACCUCGGAGUUUGACGCGGCGGAGCUGCGGGCCACACUGGAGGAGUUUUGCGACGGCGCGUGA